GGCAGCAUGGUUUCUUAAUAUUUACUCUUUUAACGGUGGCUCUCAUAAACUCUGCCAGUGCAUUGAAUGGAGGAGGACUCAUGGGAAUCGUUGGUCACUUUCCAGUGACAUAUAUAACCGCCAUGUCGGGAGGACAGGCCCUCGCUGGUAUUUUUACAGCCAUCACAGAAAUUUCUUCAUUAUGGAUUGGUGCCAGUCCGAUCGUAUCGGGUCUGAUUUAUUUCAUCAUCGGUGAUAUCGUACUUGUUGUUGCCCUCGUGACAUUCAUUUUUAUGGAAAAAAGGGAGUAUUAUAAAUACUAUAUGUUGCAUAAAGUACCUGAAUCGACGGUGGUCACUCAUUCGGUGGAUGUUUUACCGCGUCAUAGAAUCUCCUAUUGUCGAAUUUUCAAGAAAAUAUGGCAGUACAAUGUUGUUACCUUUUUGGUCUUCUGCGUGACGACGAUGGCAUAUCCAGGAGUUACCGUUCUAGUUGAGAGCCAAGAUAAAGGGAAAGGACACGCGUGGAAUGACGUCUACUUCGUGCCGGUGGUUGCUUACUUACUAUUUAGCACCGGUGAUUAUUUCGGGAGAAAGCUAUGUGGAUAUUUGUGCUGGCCUAGGAACAGGCCAUGGUUACUAAUCUUCCUGAGUUUUCUCCGAAUUCUAUUUAUCCCUACUAUCAUGCUGUGCAAUGCCCACCCAAGGCAUCAUCUUCCAGUAUACAUCCAUGACGAUGUUUAUUUCAUUCUGAUAAUGAUAUGUUUUUCAUGCACGAGCGGAUACAUCUGUAACCUUGCGUUUGUGCUAGCUCCCACACACGUUGAGAGGCACGAAAAAGAAGUGGCUUCGGCAAUGCUAGCCGCUUUUUUAGGUUUGGGGAUGACAGCGGGUUCAAUGUCAAGCGUCUUGUUCGUGAAAAUGUUGUAAAUGUAUUUAAAUCGGCGACAGUUCAUAAAAUUUCACUUACAUUCUACCAUUGCAUUUAUCCGAGUUCAUCAAAGCUUGUUCCUUCGCCUAGGAAAAAUGAUAAAAGACAAACUGUUGCGGUGAACGAGUUUUUAGAUAAUCUACUGAAAAACCCGAGGACAGGGAAUCUCUUUAAGACAGUAGAAAGGUAGUGAAUCUUCGAAAAGUAUUUCUUGUAUUAGGGAAAAUACAUUUUAUUACCCAUUAACUUAUAUUUAUAUAUAAUGAUUUACUACCAUUGAACUAACGAUCGAUAAAAUAAAACAUUUAAUGUUUAUGUCUUUUUAUAUUCUA